CUCCAUUUUUAUUACAUAAUAAUCUCUAUUCUCCAAAGCCUUCUCCUUUGAUUUGCUUCUCCUUCAGCUUCUCACUCAAUUCAAUCACUGAAUGAUAUUUUCUUAAUAGAGCAAGUAUUACUAAAAAUAGUCGAGAUUACUCUAUUCUUUAUCAUUAUUCAUUACUGUGUUGAAGUUUCUUUCUUGAAAAUUAUUUUCUCCAUCUUGAAUUGUAAUUUGUUCAAAUUUAGUAAUGGGGCCCAAUAACAAUGUUUCCGCAGCAUUUUUUGCGGAGUCAGAUACAGUCACAGACGGGUUUAUCAUUCAUCCGAGGGGAACUACGCUGGUUAAUACGUUUCCAAGUCUAGGGUUCGGGUCUGGGUCCGGGUCGGGGUCUGGGUCCGGGUCGGGGUCCGGGUUGUUUUCGAGUCUUGGCUAUUUUGAUCCAAUUUCGAACGAGUUGAUGAAGAUUGUUGGUGACACGUGGAUGGACGAACGGAUUGAAGAGCAGCAUCCAAAUCAUAGCGAGGAGUGUCAAUUGGGCUCCUUGACCGUGUUCGGUGACGUGGAAGAAGAUAAGGAAAUAAGGCUGGUUCAUGCCUUGCUGACGUGUGCAGAAUCUAUCCAACGUGGUGAGCUCCAUUUGGCUAGUUCACUUGUUGGAGAGAUUACCAAUGAGUUGAUGACACGUGUCAAUACCACUUCUGGUAUUGGUAAAGUUGCUUACUACUUCAUUGAUGCCUUGAGCCAACGGUUAUACCCAUCGAGCCUAGCUAGUCAAGGUUGGUUAUCCAAUGAUGUGCUUUAUCAUUAUUUUUACGAGGCUUGUCCUUAUCUUAAAUUCGCUCAUUUUACGGCUAAUCAAGCUAUACUAGAAUCAUUUGAGGGCCACACAAGUGUACAUGUUAUCGACUUUAGCUUGAUGCAUGGCUUGCAAUGGCCAGCUCUCAUCCAAGCCUUGGCUUUAAGACCGGGUGGCCCACCAUCCUUGAGGUUAACUGCGGUUAGCCUACCUUCGUCUAAUGGACCUCCUGAUUCCUUUCGUGAGACUGGGAUAAGGCUAACCCAACUAGCUCGAUCAAUAAACGUAACAUUCUCAUUGCGAGUUGUCCCAAUUUCACAACUUGAUAGCAUAAACCCGUGGAUAUUCCAAACCAGUCCCGAAGAAGUAGUAGCCGUAAAUUCAAUCUUACAAUUCCAUCAAUUACUUAGCUCGGACAUAAACCCAAUUCUGAAAUCCAUACAAAAACUAAAACCAAAAAUAGUAACUAUAGUUGAACAAGAAGCAAAUCACAAUCAACCGGAGUUUUUAAUUAGGUUUACGGAAGCAUUAAAUUAUUAUUCGGCAAUGUUUGAUUCAUUAGAAGCUUGUCACCUGGAAGCCGCUAAGCCACUAGCGGAGACAUAUAUGCAAAGAGAGAUAUGUAACAUUUUGUGUUGUGAAGGCUCGGCUCGGGUAGAACGACACGAGCCACUUGCGAAGUGGCAGCAUCGGUUGAGUUCGGCUGGGUUCAAAGCGUUGCCAAUGGGACAUAAUGCCUUAAAGCAAGCAAAUAUGUUACUAACAUUGUGUUCAGGUGAUGGAUAUUGUGUGCAAGAAAAUGAUGGGUGCUUAACUCUAGGAUGGCACAAUCGUCCUCUUAUUGUGGCUUCUGCUUGGCAAACCAAGAUUGAAAAUGAUGGUGGCUCAUCUUCAUCAUCAUCAUCUUAAAGUUCUAUUAUUGCAGCAUUAAGUUUGUGUUUGUAAUUGUUAAGUAGUUGUAUGUCUUCUCUAAUAAUCUAGAAACA